AUGGAGGAACGCAUCAGUGCGGUGGAGCUCAGGGGCACGACCACAAGGGGUGUAGACAAGCUGUGUUUGACCAACGCGGUGGCAGAGUCAAACUGUUCUCGAGAGCAACAGACAACAGCAGUCACCCCGAAGAUGGCUUCUCAGGAUUGUGGAAGUGAAAUGACCAUAAUGGACCAUACCAAGAAAGCAGGGGGCUCGCUGCGCUUAGGGAGGAUGACGGAAGUGCUGACUAGCUGGGAGGAGUGUGGGGGAGGAAAAGAAGCCAGGGCAAGUGAAGAAAGAAUUCCUGCUUCUCCUCAGGAAUUUCAUAGAGAUUUUGGCUCUAUGAAGACUGUGAGUAUGAGCAUUUGUCUUCCAAGCUUUCAUACUUACGCUGACAACACGAAGGGAUCAGGCAGUGAUGAUCCAGCAUUUCAACCUAGGAGAGGUGAAUAUGGUGAUCCCAAAACCCUCUUAAUAGAAAUUUCCUGGACAGAAACAUAUCCCCAAACGGCUCCAAUGAUUUCUAUGAACGCCUUUUUUAACAACACCAUAUCAUCAACUGUAAAGCAGAGCAUGUUAUCCAAUCACAGGAAGCAGUGGAAGGUCAGUCUUGGGACCACCAUGACCUACACAUCGUUGGACAAUGAAGAGCAGUUCAUGGAGAAUCAUCAUCCCGUUGAUUCUCUGAGACCCAUCAGCAGGACCGUCUCCGUUGAAGCUCCUACGACUGCCGCAUCAGGUAAGAAAAAAGACAAAAAAGAACAACUUCGAAAAACCCAGAAAUGUAAAUUGGCAGACAAAACAAAACACAAAGGAGAUCUUCCUCAAGGAUGGGACUGGGUUGAUGCAGUGAGGCAUUUAGGCAAAACUGACUCUAAAGAUGAUGAAUAG